CCCAGAGGCUCUUGCUGGUCCUCGAGGGAGGAGCUGGCGUUGACAGCCCUAGCCGGAGAGCGGCGCUUCUGCCGCCAGAACUCCGCAGCCGCCGGGCGCAGUUUGUCCUAAACCUCGACGGGGCCACGAUGCCUCCUUGCCGCGAGCUGCGCAGGCGCCAGGAGAGGCGGAGGUAGACGGGGGCGGAAAAAUAGAGGGCAGCCCCCCGUCCUUUCUCUGGGCUGAGCACCCACCACCACCUAACGGAGACAGGGAAGACCCCCGAGGGGCGAAGCGAAGGCGGCCUUAGCAUGGUUCUCCCCGGGUGGUGAAGGGAAGCCGGCCGGCCGGCCGGCCGAGCUGCCGUCGGAGGAGCAGAGGCGAAGGCUGGCGGGCGGGCGGUGGCCAUGGCUCUGGAGCGGGCGCUGCAGGCCGCCCGUCAGGGGGACGUGGACACGCUCAAGGCUCUGCAGGCGGACGGGCAGCUGCUGCCGGCGUCGCUCCGGGACCCGCUGGGCGCCUCGCCGGCUCACCACGCCGCCCGCGCCGGGAAGCUGAACUGCCUGCGCUACCUGGUGGAAGAAGCGGCGCUGGCGGGCAAUGGGCGGGCUCGCAACGGGGCCACGCCGGGCCACGAUGCCGCCGCCACCGGCAACCUGGCCUGCCUCCAGUGGCUGCUCACGCAGGGAGGCUGUCGAGUCCAGGACACAGACAAUUCUGGUGCCACCGUCUUGCAUCUGGCUGCCCGGUUUGGGCACCACGACGUGAUUGAUUGGCUCCUGCGCUUUGGGGGCAGCGAGCCGCUGGCAGCCACAGACAUGGGUGCUCUACCUGUUCACUACGCAGCAGCCAAAGGAGACUUCCCUUCCUUGCGACUCCUCAUCGGGCAUUGCCCCAGUUCGGUCAGUGCCCAAACCAAGAAUGGUGCCACACCCCUCUACUUAGCCUGCCAGGAGGGCCACCUGGAGAUCAUCCAGCACUUGGUCAAGGACUGUGGAGCGGAUCCCCACGCACGCGCCAACGACGGGAUGACCCCUCUCCACGCUGCCGCCCAGAUGGGCCACAACACCGUCAUCGUCUGGCUGGUGAGCUUCACGGACAUCAGCCUCUCAGAGAGAGACGACGACGGUGCCACCGCCAUGCACUUCGCUGCCAGCCGAGGCCAUGCCAAAGUGCUCAGCUGGCUGCUUUUGCACGGAGGGGAGAUCACCACGGACAGGUGGGGUGGAACCCCAUUGCAUGACGCUGCUGAAAACGGGGAGCUGGAGUGCUGUCAAAUCCUUGUGGUGAACAGCGUGGACCUUGGCGUCCGGGACCAAGAUGGCUACACGGCGGCUGACCUUGCGGAUUACAAUGGGCAUUUGCAUUGCGCCAAGUACCUGCGUACGGUGGAGAACAUGAGUGUGGAACAUCGGGUCCUCUCGCGAGACCCUUCCGCGGACCUGGAGUUCAAGCAGCCGGACUCCGGCAUGUCAUCUCCCAAUACCACCAUGUCUGCCCCGCAGGCCCACUUUGACAUUGGCUCACCCAGCAGCACCCUCUCCAACUACGACUCCUGCAACUCCAGCCAAUCCAGCACGGGGGAGAAAAGGAACAGCCAAGGUUCCCGAGUUCCCGGAACGACUAUCACAGAUAUGCAAACUUAUAUGGACAUGCUGAACCCUGACCUGGCACCAGGGCACAGCAAGAAGGGUGGCGAAGCGCCCCUGCCCCUGCCCCCAAACUUCCCUGCCCCUCCCCCACCCCCUGACUCCAAGGUGCCUCCUCCUCCUCCUCCUCCCGGCUACCCGGCGCCAGACCCUCCCGAAGUUCAACACACGGCCGAGGUCUAUGUGCAAGCAAAGAACAACCUCCGCCAUGUAGAGAGCGAAGCACUGAAGAGAGAGCUCACCUCACUCGAAAGCAGCUCAGAACUGCGGCGUGUCGACUCUAGCAGGAGAUCAAGAAAUUUCAACAAGCAGCCCAGCACCGGGGAUUAUUACAAACACCUAGGCAGCGGUAGCGGCAGAGAGGAAACUGGGAACAACCGCAAGAUGGCGCACAGUGAGGAGGCUUCCCUUCUGUCCAGUGACGACGACGUGCAAAACGGAAGCGCAGCUGAGCACAACCCUCACGCAGGAGUGCCUCCACCUCCUCCACCCCCACCCCUCCCCGAGGGCAUCUGCCCCCCACCGCCACCCCCUCCACCGCCAACAGAGAAUCACCCUUCCUCCUCCAGCCAGCGGCGAUCAUCUUCCUCCACUGGAAGCACCAGGUCUUUCAAUAUGAUGUCCCCAACUGGUGACAACGCGGAGCUGCUGGCAGAAAUAAAGGCCGGGAAAAGCCUCAAGCCGACACCCCAGAGCAAGGGAUUCACCACUGUCUUCUCGGGCUGCGGCCAGACCUGCACCAGUGCUGAGAUUCCUACAUCUUCCCCAUCCCCGACAAGGACACCAACCCCUCCGCCCGCCCCGGAAGCAGCCUCCGGGCCUAGACCUGCAGCCUCCCCUGAACUGAUUGUCAACGGCUCCUCGCCAUCGCUCGCCUCACCAGCCGCAACCGGCCAGGUGGACAUUGAGGCUCUGAUCCCCACCCAUGAUGAGCAGGGAAGGCCCAUCCCUGAGUGGAAGAGGCAGGUGAUGGUCCGCAAGCUCCAGCUGAAGAUCCAGGAAGAGGAAGAGCAGAGGCGCAAGGAAAGGGAGGAAGAGGCUCGCCUGGCUGCUAUGCCCGCUUGGCGGAGGGAUAUUCUUCGCAAGAAGAUGGAGGAGGAAAGAGAGCAAAAACGAAAAGAGAAAGAAAAACUGAGGCGGGAAGAGGAAGAGAAGGAGAAGGAACAGUCAGAAAAGCUAAGGACUCUUGGGUACGAUGAGUCAAAACUGGCACCUUGGCAAAGGCAGUUCAUUCUCAAAAAAGGAGACAUAGUAAAGGAGUAGGGCCCAGGCAUCCCCCAUCUGCCUGGCUCCACUGUGCUUGGAAAUGCUUCCUUCCCUUAGAUCUCAGACAGCUCAUCUCAGACCUGUGAGCUGUCUGAGAGGAGGAGGGGGGGUGCUCUUCCCCCUCCCCUUCUGGGCUUGUCUCUUCUUCCAGCAAAACCACAAGCGCACCCUUGCCUACUUUCACCAUCACGCUUCAAUUGCUAGUUUACCUUACUCUUCAUUCAUUCAUUUUGUGCCCAUUUACAGACCAGGAUCAACUCCCUAAAGGGGAGGACAGACAUGACAUUCUAAGUGUGGUGGAAGUGACCUUCUCUGCACUUACAAAUAGUAUGUACAGGGGUUGGGUUUUUUAAAUCCUGGAACAAGCCCUGAAGAGAAAAAGAAAAAGUGAGUUCUGCAAGUUUCCAGCAUAUAGGCUUUGGUUAGCACUGACUGGUUAGCACCUGUGCAUCAGCAACCCCGAGAAAAGUUUUGCAACUGUUUGUGUGUAUUUUUAAAUUAAUGUUGGUGAAGCAUUCAUGCCAUUUUUUUAAGGUUUUAGGUGGGGAAGAUGAAUGACUUGCUUAAGCUGAUUUCACUCCAUGAAGGGAAGAAGCAGCUGUUCAGAAUAUUAUGUCUGUCUUCACCUUAACGCUGAGUUGGGGGCAGGGAAAGCUAGCCAUCUUAGCAACUUACAACCCCCUUGGCUGGUAUGAUAUCAACUGCUUAAUGUCCAAAUGUCCAUCUGUGCAAUAAAACAAUUUCUCCAUAGUUGACCUUUACCGAUGUCUUAGCUAGUUCUAAGGCAAUUUCUACUCAGAAGGUGAGCAUAGCUGAACAUGGUUCUCAGCAGCCAAGGGCCAGAACUUCAGCAUCCUGUCAAGCACCUGGACCUCUUACCGUUGCUUGCAGAAGCAAAAGAUUAAAAAUUACAAAACACAUUCUUCAUUUAAACAGGUUGCAGAAUCUGGCUUUCCUUGAUGCAGAAAUUGGAUGAAGAGUGUGGGUUUUUUUUAAGCACUGUGUAUUCUGUACAUAUUUAUUUGACAGUAAAACUUACAGAGUUCCUCAAAUGUACAUAUAUUAAACAGACCCUCCUGUCUUCCUGCCUCUUUCCUAACAGAGCCUUGUAGACAACAGGUUCUGCAGAUGCAUAUUUUAUUUUACAAAGGAAAAAGCAAACCAACAGGCAUUUUCACAUAACAGGGUUACAGUUUGAAACAGAAGACAUGAGAAUUCAGAAGGGUUGAGGCAAGAACUUCCUUCAGCUGCCAUAUUGACUUUUGUGUCUUUAUCAAAUUCUUUCUUGGUCAUUUUCUGUAUGAUUUUGUCCUCUUACUCCUCAAGACCUCUAGUGGGAAAGUGUUGAGAUUGUUUCAGACCUAGAAUGUUUACCUUAACAGCUAUUAAAAAACAAAGUAAAGCC